CAUUACUCGUAAAUUUCUAAUAAAUAUAUGAUUAAGCUUCUUUGAUAAGGCUAUGGUUACGAAACGCGGAUUCGUGAUUAGAUUACGUGUUUUGUCUUAUAAUCGCAGCCUUUCCCUUCUCUCCCUAUAUAUAUAUAUAUCUAAAAGUUGAAUAGCUUGGCUUAUCAAAUACUGUGUUAACACAAAAUCUGUUUUCCGCAAGAAUACUCUGUUUUACUUUUUUUUUUUGGUUUAUAUGGACCAGAGUGACGAUGACGCAAAAGAUUCCGAUCCAAGAAAUGGUGAAAAUGGCUGGCUCUUUAAGAACUUGUGGCAGCGACAUUGGUGAACCAUUAAUGGCGAUUAGCAAGAGAGAGAUGGUGAUGGAUGAGAAGAUCUAUGUAGCAGUGACAGGGAGAGACGUAGAGAGCAAGUCUAGUCUCGUUUGGGCGAUACAGAACAGUGGAGGCAGAGAGUUUUGCAUCGUCUAUGUUCAUCAACCCAUCCACAUCUCAGCUCCGGGAGCGAUGUUCCACGAGCAGAAAUUGCGGCUUUAUAGAAAAGAGAAGGAGAAAGCACAUAAGAAUCUGGAUAAGUACCUUCAUAUAUGCAGGCAAAUGCAGGCAUGUCAGUGCAGAGAAGAUAUAUAUCGAAAAGGAUUCGGUAGAGGAAGGGAAGCUACGAGAAGAGAUAACCUGUAUCUAGAAUGUGCAUCGUCAAAUUCGUUGAGCCAAUCCGAGAUAACUAAAGGAACUGAAAGUGUUCCAUGCUCGAGUAUGGUUAAGGUUGAUGAUCGGAUCAAACUAGCUGUCAUGGAAGCUGAAAUUUCGAAAAGGGAAGCACGCUUUGAGAUUUCUAAGCGUGUAGAAGCUGAAAAAUCUGCAGCUGAUGCAAUGAAAAGGGCUAAACAAUCUGAGAAUGCACUGAGAAAAGCGCUAGAGGAACUUGAAAAGAUGAGAUCAGAAUCCGAGACCCGAAUAGCCCAAUCCAACAUGGUGAUCAAAAAGCUUCAAUACAAGUGUAGCUUAUCAACGGAAGCAUUGAGAGGUCUUAGAGAAGAACAAGAAGAGUUGAAGAUAAGGCUUAGAGAAGUAUCAAAGCUGAAGAGUGGCCGCAAGAACCAUGAACCGCCUCAGUACUUCAUAUGCCCCAUUACACAAGAUGUGAUGGAGGAUCCACAUGUAGCAGCAGAUGGUUUUACAUAUGAAGGAGAAGCCAUAAGUGGUUGGUUUGAGAGAGGACAUGAGACUUCUCCAAUGACAAACAAGAGGCUUUCUCACACAAGCUUGGUUCCAAAUCUUGCUCUUCGAUCUGCAAUCCAAGAAUGGCUUCAAGCUUCAAGCACCUGAAUCAUUGAAACAGAUUCUCUGCUUGUUAAAAAAUUAAUCAAAAGGAGCUUUCAAGUCCUUAGGGGAAGCUCUCUCAUUGUACUCAGACCCAAGUUCGAGUCUUGGUGCAGAUCUCUCAUUGGGAACUUUUUGAUAUGGUUUAGACGUUUUGUAAUCUAUAAUUAUCCACUAACCAAUGUUGAUGUCGUUUUGUAAUCUAUCAUUUAUUCAUAACAGUACAUAAUAGUCACUCUUUAGUAGUGUUAUCCAGUCAUUUAAAUUUAUUUGACCUGAUUAUAUAUAUUUAAUUUAUUUUCACAAUUAAUAUAAAUCAAUCGGUUUUUUAUUAGGAAAA